GCGCACAAAUCCACCCUACUUUAGAGUCGACUCUUCAUCUCUUGCAUCCACACACAUCCCAUCGCGCUGGCCUUCUUCACAUCUCGACAUCCACGCCAGCCAGACUCCUCGCCGUCUUUUCCAACAACCGCGCCGGCCACGAAAACAUCACAGCCACGCCCGCGCGCACCACACCACACGACAAACCUCCGAUCUCGCGUCAACACACCGACGCGCCGCGUCCGUCCACCCACACCAUGUCGGCCACCAACACCGCGUCCGCCGUGUCCCCCGUCACGCCGACGGCCAAGACGGCCGAGCGCGACUUUGACAAUGAGAUUGGCGAUGUCGAGGAGGACGACUUUGAGGACAAGGACGAGGACGUGCACUUUUGUCUCUUGGCAGAGUUUGACAUUGACGCCGGCGCGACCCUCGCCCAUCAGUACCCUUACCCGACUGGCACCGACGAGCACCGCUUGGCCGAGCUCAUGCUGCCCGAUGGAGCCCAUCUCCGAGGCGAGGACUGGACCAUCUUCUACCUCGGCCAGACAUCCAGCAGCUCGGUCAACCCGAUGCUGACGCACGAGUCGACGAGCGUGGAGAAGGCACGGCUGGAGAAGAAGCGCGCGAGCAUGUUCCCGCCCAACGAGCGGCCGCGUCGCGGCGCGCCAGGCGGCGGCCUGCUGUACGUACUCAACUGCGUGCGGAUGAAGGAGGACAAGAGCGUGCGCCGCGGCGCAAUGGUCAAGGCGAUGGCUAUCGCGACGCCGCACCCCUACAUCGGCAUCUACAAGCCGCUGCUGCUGCUUGCACUCGAAGAGUACUUUACCAACCCGUCGCACGAAAUCCUGGCGCGCCUCUACGACGCCGCGAACCAGAUCAGCACGGCCGGCAUGCCGACCCUCACCCGCGAGGAGCGGAUCCUCCUGAGACAGUCGGACCGGAAGGACGUGUUCGAGAGCCGCUUCGGCAUGCACGAAGCCGGCGACGAGUCCGAGGCCAUCUCGAGCGCCAUGUCCUCGGCCCACGGGCACGACACGGCCAGCAAGGGCAGGACGGCGAGCAACGGCUCGUCGGUCCGCCCGUCCAUGAUUCGCAAGGGCUCGACGUCGUCCUCGUCCGUUAUUCAAGGCGACGGCUCGCUCAUUCACCGCCGCGGCGUUCCCCGCGACACGCACUUCUUUGAGACAGAGGCCAAGUUCCGCAAGAUUACCGUCCCGAUUCGCAUCCCUAUGACCGUGUUCGAGGAGGAGGUUGGAGAUUACUCUAUCAUCGAGCUCGUACAGACCUUCUCGCAGAAUGUCCAGCCCUUCCAGCCCCCGUUCCACCCCUACCUGCACACCAACGGCGCCAACACCCACCCCGUCAUCCUCAUCUUCAAUGCCAUCCUCGCCCAUAAGCGCGUGAUGUUCCUCGGGCACACGCUCCCCGCCAACCAGGUGUCUCGCAUGGUUCUCGCCGCGUGCUCCAUGGUCUCUGGCUGUGGCCAAGUUCUCCGCGGCAUGACCGAGACUGCGUUCCCCUACUCGAACCUGGCCAGUCUCGAUGUGCUUGAAGAGUUUGAGGGCUUCGUCGCCGGCGUGUGUAACCCCCGUUUCGAGGAGCUCCCAUCGACCUGGGACGUGCUCUGCAACCUCGAAACCGGUAAGGUUACUGUGUCCAAGGAGCUGCGUUCGUCUACCGCCAGCACACCCAAGUCUGGCCGGUCGUCCGACACGAGCUUCAGCACGACGACGUUCAGAGGCGAUGCCGAGGAGGCUGCCUUUGCGUCGGGCAAGAUGGCAUCGUUCUCGCAAAAGGAGAGCAUUGACAACCAGUUCAUGGAGGAGAUUCUCGCCGCGACCACGCAGCACUAUGGCGAGUCACACGUCCGUAUCCGCUUCACCGACUACAUUUCGCGAUUCGUCCGUCUCGCCGCCUACCAGGAGUUUACGCACUUGGGCUCCACACGCGUUGGAUACCCCUACUCGACCUUCCGCGAGGGGCACCUCGGUUCGGGUGUCGUCUUCAUUGACGACUCGUUGAGGCAGCGUGAGAUGUGGAGCAACGGACACCGUAUCGACGCGUGGCGCAAGACCAAGAGCUACAGACUGGCACAAAAGGACUGGGCGAGAGAGCAGAAGAGUUCGGCUAUCAGGGGCUUUGACGCUCUUCACAACGUCAAGAGACUCCGAAUGACGCGCACAAUGACCACCAAGGAGGCCGAGCUCAUCUUCUCGACCAUGAACCGCAGCGUGCGGACCUACGAACAGGUGGUUGAACUCCUCACCUUCCUGCCCAUGCACUUUGGUGGGCUGAUUCCCAUCGCCAACGGCCUGUUCCACCCGCUGCAGUCGGUGCAGAACAACACGAUCGACCUGCUCUGCACGAUCCAGCAGUACCCGUGCGGCCACCAGGCGUUGUUGACACUCAACUACUUGCACCGCAAGACGUUUGUCGAGCUCCUCGAGCGCCGCGAGGCCAAGCGCGCCCUCCAGCGCCAGCUCGAGUCGGAAGCCUUGCGGAACCUCACGGUCAAGGACCCCGAGACGCCGGGCACGAUCCGCGGCACCGAGCUGGCCACGACCCCGCACGCUUUACUGGCCUAGACGCACAUUCGGUAUAGAGGGUUUACGCGUAAUACUCUAAUAAUUUUGCUAGUUUAAUUCGGAGUGUGGCUGUUUUGCGGCACUUGUAUUGUAAUGCGACGACGACACAUGAUAU